CAUUUAAAUGCAACGACCACCAAAGUCUUUUAAGUCUCUCUCUCAGCUUCCCACUCAUAUGGAAGAAAACGUAGAAAACUCGUCGGCGAUCUCCUUCUCCUCUCAUCAUCCUCUCUUCUCCUGUUUCAUCACUCUCUACAGUCUUAUCCUCAUCUAUUUCUCUCAUGACUCGCUUCUUCGAUUCCUUCUCUCCCCUGUUCUUCUCAUUUCCGUUGCCCUUCUCGCCUCUCUUCUUCGUCUCGGAUCGACCCGAGAAUCAAAUACCCGACCCGAGAAAAGCAACGAAGGAGAAACCAGAACCGUGAAUCUCGAGAAGACUGGAAAAUCUAAGGCUUUGGUUCGUGAUUCUUCGUCGGAGACCAAACACGAAACAGAUUCCGACACGAAACCCGAUUUUGUGGAGUGGGAUUUUAGAGCUCCAUUGGAGGUGAUACAUGAAGAGGACGACGACGAUGAUGAUGACGAAGAAGAAGAAGAGAAUCCGUCGGUGACCCGAUUAAGAGAAAUCGAGAGAUUCCCGUCGUUGUCGCUCUGUUACCCAGAAUCAGAUUCGGAAUCGGAUUCGGACUCCUCGUCGGAGUUCAAUUUUCCGGAGAUCGGUAACUGGAUCUCGCCGGAGAAAGUGGGGUUCAGAUGGGAAGAAGAGGACGGCGAUGGAAUCGGAGACGACGGGUUAAUCGAGAUCAAGCUCGGUGAGUAUAAUCGAAGCCAUGAAAAGAUGAGCAAACGGGAUCAAACAGAGUUGGAUUUUCAUGCAGAGGAAGAUGGUUUGAUCGAGAUCGAUCUCUUUCCAUAAGCAUUUUUUGUGGAUAUUAUACAAAAAUUAAAAGCUGGGUUAAAUCCUAUACAAAUAUCAUCACUUAUAUGUAUGUAUAUACAUGGUAUUUCAGUUUUGAACUUCUG